ACUGCGUCAGGCUCAGCAAGAAAACACACGCGUCCUGACAAAGCGCUUCACAGCGACACACCGCGAUAGAGUGACAGCACAAGCGCACUGGAGUCUCACUUGCUUCCUUUUGCGCUCAAACAAACUGACGCAUCGUUGCGUUUCAGCAGCUUCUCGACCAGUAUUUGAAUGAAACAUUUUGUCGGCUGAGACGAGCAGCCCAGCGCAUCUUUCGGUGUGUUCUCAGGAGUGCACGCGCGUAUGCACUGCGUCUAAAUCAAUAUACAAUUAAUCUACAUUUGAGUUUUCAUUUUCAUUCAUUGCACACCUGUAUGACUGGAAUACAGGAUGAGCACGACAAUGGACACGAACAACAAUACCGGAGGAGUCAUCUCUUACAUUGGAUCAUGUGGAGGGUCUCCUAAUCGCACCAGCCCGGUAUUUAUGUACAGCGAGAAUUCCAACAGCAGUCUGCAGUCACUGACACAACCCUGCUUUGGGUCAUCUUUCCCGCCUUCACCUAAUGGUUCCCAAGAUUCUUCACGUAUGUACACCAGCAGCAGUAGCUCCAGCAGUUCAGCAUGUGGUGAAGAUGGGAGCUCAUCAAGCUCUGGAGGAUCCCCAAGGGGGCGGGAUGAAAGCAACAUCACGUACAAUUCACCAAACAAAUCAGUUGCUACUCUUACAAAGUUCAAUGGAAUGGUGUUACUCUGCAAAGUCUGUGGAGACGUGGCAUCAGGCUUUCAUUAUGGUGUCCAUGCCUGUGAAGGCUGCAAGGGGUUUUUCCGUCGAAGCAUUCAGCAGAACAUCCAAUACAAAAAGUGCCUGAAAAAUGAAACCUGCACUAUUAUGAGAAUUAACCGCAAUCGGUGUCAGCAGUGCCGUUUCAAGAAGUGUUUAUCUGUUGGAAUGUCUCGUGAUGCUGUCCGUUUCGGUCGCAUCCCAAAGCGUGAAAAACAGCGCAUGCUAGCUGAGAUGCAGAGUGCCAUGAAUAACAUGGUGAACAACCAGCUGCAGAAUGAAUUCCAAAUGGCUACUCUUAAAACAAGCACCUCAUACUCCCCAUCCUCAUCUUCCUCUUCCCCGUGCCCAGGUUUGACAAUGGCCUCUCAGCCUCAGCCUUCUGUGCCUGUGGCUCCUUCUCCCUCUCCACCAGCUCCAGCAUUGCCUUCUGCUCAAACUGCUCAGAGCCCUCCUCGGAUUACCACCUCUCCACCAUUAUGCCCUAGUCCUGGCAUGGACAGCACCAUAACCGCCAUUACCAAAGCUCAUCGUGAAACUUUUGUCUAUGCUCAUGAUAAGCUAUCACUACAGUCAGUAAAUCAGUUUGAUCUGGGUGGCGACAACAGUAAUUGCUUUACUUCUGGCUUCAAUAUGAAUAGUCACAAUACAAUAUAUCAGCCUAAUUCAGCUCUACAGUGCAAUGGCUUUGAACCUGAUAACAGACAACACCUUCAAUACUCACCAGUCUCCAACCAGCAGCAUCAGAGCCUGCCAUACCAAAACAAUGCGCAUCACAUUCCCAACAGCAGCUGGUACGGGGCUCAGCAGGGAAAAGAGAACAGCAACAACAUUCCAGCGCAAAACUGCCCAUGGAAGAACCGAAAAGAUAUUCUGCUGGCUUGUCCAAUGAACAUGCAUCCUCAGGCAGAUCCUAACAAGACACCCCAGGAGAUUUGGGAAGAUUUUUCUCUGAGCUUCACACCAGCUGUACGUGAGGUGGUAGAGUUUGCCAAGCAUAUCCCAGGUUUCAGCUCUCUGUCUCAAAACGAUCAGAUCACCUUGCUGAAAGCAGGCACCUUUGAGGUGCUGAUGGUACGAUUUGCAUCCUUGUUUAAUGUCAAGGAGAAGACUGUCACGUUUAUUUCCGGCACGACCUACAGCCUAGAAGCUUUGAAGAGCAUGGGAAUGGGAGCCCUUUUGAGAACCAUGUUUGACUUCAGCGAGAAACUCAGUGCACUCGAGCUGUCUGCAGAGGAGCUGGGUCUUUUCACUGCUGUGGUGCUGGUCUCUACAGAUCGCUCUGGUAUCGAAAAUGUUAAGUCGGUGGAGAUGCUCCAGGACGGCCUGAUUAAAGCACUUCGUACACUGGUGAGCAAGAGUGCCCCUGGUGAUGUCUCUCGUUUCACCAAACUGCUGCUCAAACUGCCAGAUCUGCGCACCCUUAACAACAUGCACUCUGAGAAGCUUCUCUCCUUCCGCAUUGAUGCAUGAGAAGCGUUUUGGCUGCUGUUACUACAAGCCAGCUGAGUCUAUGGGAGUGGGUACUAGAGGGUUUGAGUGAAGGCAAAUACAAAUUUCCCAUCACUGCUACACCAGCAUAUGCUUGGGUCUGAUGGUGCUCAAAGACUUGAACAAUGACUACAGGGUUGAAAGGACACAAGCUGAAGUGCAUCAGAACAAAGACAUUAUUUUUAAACGUUUUUCUGCAUCACAGCAAACAAAAAUCAGGUACGGUGACCAAUGACCUUGUUGCUACAUAUUCUUAAAUUGUAGGACAUAAUAUGGAAUGGACCCAAAACCCUAAACUACACCUUGCAUUAACUUGAAAUCAGCUGUAGCAAAUCAACAUCAAAGCUCCAUUGUCCCUGGGUCCAUCCUGAGCUACUGUCUGUGUGGAGUUUUGCAUGUUCUUCCAAUAUCCAUAUGGAUUUUCCUCUGGGUUCUUUAGUUUCCAUUAACCUACCAAAAACAUGCUGGUAGGACAAGGGACAUUUCUAAAUGUCUCAUAGGCAGAAUAUGUGUGUAAAUUGUGCCCUAUCAAGGACAGGUGUGAAUUUCAGGGUACAUUCCCACCUCAUGGCAACCAUUCCCAGUAUGGGCUCCAGAUCCACUGCAACUAUGACCAGGAUAAAGCAGUUGCUGAAGAUGAACAUUUUAACCUGCAAACUGUAUUUGAUUUCACUCUUGCAUUUAUCCCUAAUGCAUUUCUUCCUAAUACCAUCCUAAUGCAAGCACACUGUAUAGACUGUGUUUCCACAUACCCGAUAUUUGAUUACAGUGAAAGCCAGUCUUUGGAUCUCUGGUGGUUGCAUGACUCAUCCACAUGUUAAUGCAGGGGAUAAAUUGAGCGAUUUCUCCAGACUAUCUUGGACCUCCAUGUUGCUGGAGUCUAGUCCAGAGAGAAGUGUGAAUUGGGUUCCUCAAAGAUGAUAUAAUACACAUCACAUCACAUCACACAUUAAAAAAAGAAACAAAAAAAGAAACAGAUGAAUAAUGCAAAGGAAAUCUGUGAGUGCUUUCUCCCCAUCCUUGCAACUGUGUAAAAAUGUAUAAAUAUACUAACUUGAAUUGUUUCAAAAUGUAUAUAUUCUAUAUAUAUAUAAAUAUAUUUUUUUGUAAAGUGUAAUUCCUCAAUACAAAGUUAUAUAUGACAAAUGUAUAUGUCGUCAAGUGUAGUCAUAUCUCAUUUAAAGCAUAAAGACUUACAUGUUUGCUUAUGUUUGGUCUUUCUUGAUUGCAUUGUGUAACACAUUUUUGUCCCUGGGUUGUAUGGAGCAUUUUAUAAUUGUUUAUGCCUCAAAACCUAUUGAAACUAGAGGUUAAUCUCCUCAAAUUCAAACAUGAAUGAUGGCAAUCAAAAACAAAACAAAAAAAGGAUAUGAUGCUUGAAAAACAUCCUUUAACCCAAUAUUUUGUUUUAAUUUUUAUUUAUUUUAUUUUGUUAAUACCCAGGAAAGGCUGUAAUGUGUUAUUAUUUUGUAGUAGCUUAAACAAGGCCUGUAUGGUGGAUAAUUAAGCUUUAUAGAUUUAAAAUAAAAUAAAAAAUCACUAAACAGAUUCCUGCGAGAUGUAUCUUCAGCUGUUUUUUUGGCGAGUCUACAGUGUCACUGUCAGAGGUAAAGUGUUUUCCAACCUAAAAGACUUUCUGGUUUCUUGGUAACAUGAAAAGAUAUGACUUCUUUUUUGUCUUACUAACUGGUUUCAUGGACAUUACACAACAUUAAAUAUAACAACAAAGAAAAAAAGGAGGAGUACAGCACUUUGAUGUGGCAUUGGAAAAUUAUAAUGCUGCCAACAGCUUUGCAGUGUACUGUCGUUUUUUUUGUUUUGUUUUGAUUAUAACACCAUGAGCCAUUACAGUUUAUUUCUUGUUUAUCUCCAAGUGGUAAAAUAAUUAUUGAAUGUUUAUGUACAGCAAAGGUACAGAGAAAUAAGGGUGGAUGACUAGGAACAAAUAUAUUAAUAAGACUUUAGGCUGGAUAAAUUCCUACUUUCAUAUAAUAAAUUUACUCUCAUCAACACUACUGCACCAUGUACUCCAGGCACAUAGUUGAGAGCUGGAAUGUUAUUAGAGGGGAAAAAAAUGCCAAGCGAUGUGGUGAUUUUCCGACAUGCCAGUGUAGGAUUCCAGUAAUUUUAGAAUGUCUAUCAUUCACAUAUGAUUUCCAAAGAAAAUGCUGUAUUAAAAUUGAGGUUUUUAGCUGGUGUGCUCAAUAAAAUCGUAGCCAAAUAUUGAA